AUGGCCUCUGGAAUGGACAAUUUGCAUGGGAUGACACUGCUGGCACUAUCCACGCCGCCCCUCUCGCUCCGCCAGAUGUCUAUAAGAUGGACGAAACAGUUCCGACUGAGCCUUGGGAUCGACGAUUUGUCUGGGGUGGUAACCGUAGCACUACCCACGCCGACUCUCUCGCUCCCCCCCAAUGUCUAUGCGACGGACGAAAGGGUUCCUACUGGAAAUACUUCCAUGUCUCUUGUCCAAAAACGGCUCGAUGCUCUAACAGAGCAGCUUGAGAACCACGAGCUCAGACUAGAUGAUCUAGAAACGGAAUCACUGCCUUCGAGAGAUGACACUUUCAAAGUCCCAAACAAAAGGUCAAACCACAGCGGCCUUCUGACACAAGCACAGAAUCGAGUGGCCCAAGGGGCAAACAUCUUGGCAGAUAUAAAGGUAAUCGCCGACAGUCGGGAUGACCGGAAGAAAAUUCGGCGGUGGAAAGGCAUUUUCAGAGACCAUUAUUCUUUGCCUUGGGAUGAAUGCCAAGUGCAGUAUGGAUUGGCAAGGGUUGAAGCUGGCAUGCUCGACAUUUUCAAUAUCCGGGCAAAUGUGCGCACACUUGCCAAGUGGCGGAUGCACAAGAAUCGCCCCCGAUGUCGACAAAUUCAGAAGAUUUGUGAUUAUUGGAUUGACCUCUGGCGCCAUGAUCCCUUAAUUUCUGUUCCGUCUGAGGCCUCACGUCAACUGUGGGCAUUAUACAAUUCAUGA